CUCUUAUCCUAAGGAUAAGCCUACAAUUGGAUUAAUUUUACUGGCCUCUUUUUCAGAUAAUGGGCUACGCUUCCGUGAUGUGAGACGUAUCCAUGCCUCAUUUAUUAGGGAAGCCGGUAAUUUGGAUAGUAAGACCACCAGGGCCAGCUUUAUUAAUAAUACAGGAAUACAUUAA